GAUUUUUUGGAAGUAACCUACCAGAUUAUCAGAGGUCAGAAAUCAUGAUGUUCAUUAUGGGGAAAGUACCUGUUUUUGGAACAUCUACUCAUACUUUGGAUAUCAGUCAACUAGGGGAUCUGGGAACCAGGCGGAUUCAGAUAAUGUUGCUGAGAUCUUUGCUUAUGGUAACCUCUGGAUACAAAGCCAAGACAAUUGUAACUGCACUGCCAGCAUCUUUCCUGGAUCCUCUGUUAUCCUCAUCUCUUAUGGAAGAUUAUGAACUGAGGCAGUUAGUCUUGGAAGUGAUGCACAAUCUCAUGGACCGCCAUGACAACAGGGCAAAGCUUCGAGGGAUCAGAAUAAUACCAGAUGUAGCUGACCUCAAGAUAAAAAGAGAAAAAAUUUGUAGACAAGACACAAGUUUCAUGAAAAAGAAUGGGCAGCAGCUGUAUCGGCACAUAUAUUUGGGCUGUAAAGAGGAAGACAAUGUUCAGAAAAACUAUGAGCUUUAUACUUCUCUUGCUCUUAUGACUAUUGAACUAGCCAAUGAAGAGGUAGUUAUUGACCUCAUUCGAUUGGCCAUUGCUUUACAGGACAGUGCAAUUAUCAAUGAGGACAACUUGCCAGUGUUCCAUCGUUGUGGAAUCAUGGCACUGGUUGCAGCGUAUCUUAACUUUGUAAGUCAGAUGAUAGCUGUUCCUGCAUUUUGCCAGCAUGUUAGCAAGGUUAUUGAAACUCGAACUGUGGAGGCCCCUUAUUUUCUUCCAGAGCAUAUUUUCAGAGAUAAGUGCAUGAUUCCAAAGUCUUUAGAGAAGAAUGAAAAGAAUUUGUACUUUCUGACUAACAAGAUUGCAGAGUCACUAGGUGGAAGUGGAUAUAGUGUUGAGAGAUUGUCAGUACCAUACGUACCACAAGUAACAGAUGAAGAUCGUCUUUCUAGAAGAAAAAGUAUUGUGGACACUGUAUCCAUUCAGGUGGAUAUUUUACCCAGUAGCAUUCCUUCUGAUGAUGUGGUUAGUAACACUGAAGAAAUCACCUUUGAAGCACUGAAGAAAGCAAUUGAUACCAGCGGAAUGGAAGAGCAGGAAAAGGAAAAGAGGCGUCUUGUGAUAGAGAAGUUCCAGAAAGCACCUUUUGAAGAAAUAGCAGCACAGUGUGAAUCUAAGGCAAACUUCCUUCAUGAUAGACUUGCUCAAAUAUUGGAACUCACCAUACGUCCUCCUCCCAGUCCAUCAGGAACACUGACCAUUACUUCAGGACAUGCCCAGUACCAGUCUGUCCCAGUCUAUGAGAUGAAGUUUCCAGAUCUGUGUGUGUACUGAGUGAGCUGUGUAAAAUCCCAGCAUAGGAUUUUAAAGCCUAAAAAUCAAGGCCAACCUGAACUUUCAGGGUUUACUUAGGGCUUAUUAACAUACUUUUUAGAAAAUCAUGAUCAAUUUUCUCUUUAUUCAAAUGCUUGGCAUACUUUAGGAGGAGUUCGGGAACUAUAUAUGAUUCAGAGUAUUUUGAGGACAGGUUUGUGUCAUGUCAAUUCGUUUUGAGGUUCCUGUUAGCUUUUCAACAAAAUGUGUACUGGCCUCAUGUUAUUUCUUUGCUGAAGUCUGUUUUAAGCUUUUCACAAACAUAAUUUUUUUAGAAAGAAUUGAAAAUGUAUGAAGUGUCUACUGUAUUUCAUAAACAUCUACACAACUGCCUAGAAAUAGAAUUGCUUUGUUUUUGGUAAUCUGCAAAAGUAAAUUAUAUUCUACUCUGGGGGUUGCAAAACUGUCAUGUUGCUUUCAAUACCCAGGUUUAACUAGAUUGUUAAAUUGAUAGGCAUCCCUCCAGCCCCUACUGUAAGAGUGUGUGAUAGGCAUUUCUUAAUGUAUUUAUGGUACAAAGACAUCUAUUGAAAAACAUUCCUGGAUUAUAACCUCAAAAGUCGCCAUACAUUAAGGUGUCUGGUUCUUGUAAUACCGUGUUUUCUGAUGAGAGUAUGACCACUUGAGAAGCUUAGAGCUUACUCUUGGAGUAACGAACUGUGCAAUACUUUUUUACACCAUAAGAUGUAUUAGUUUACAGGCUAUGUUUUGAAACUAUAGAAGUAUUUUGCUCUGGCUCCAUUAGUAAAAUGAAAUAUAUAUAGAUAUGCAUAUCUAUAUAUAUAUAGAUAGAUAGAUAUAUAGACAAGAGAUUUAGUAUAGAAAAGAAAGACGUUUAAAGCAGCUACUGGUUCACCUGCGAGGAGUCUGUACAUUUCAGUUUUUAUUAAAAGCACAUUAAUUUACAUUUUUAUAUUGUGCAGUGUUUAAAUCUUCAUAGGUCAAAUAAUUCCCCAAGUGAAAUUCAAUUUUUAAGAUUUGAGCAAAAAAGCAUAUGCAUCUGUGUUUAGGAUUACAUGGUAUUCAAAAAGAGUGCCUGUGUUUUAGCAGUCAAGUAACUAAGUUGUGUCAACAUGAACUACUUUUGCUUUCAGCUUCCAAGAUCACAGUGGCAGUCUGCAUUUGUGUAUUUUAGGGAAUUCCAUCACAUGAUGAAAAUGAACAACUUAUUUUGCAAUUAUUUCUCUUGGGACAUUUUUAUAAAAUCACUUGA